AUGCCUGGAGUACCUUCUAACAAGGCUUGCGAGCGUUGCAAGAAAAGACAUAUCAAGUGUGAUGAGACCCGUCCCCACUGUCAGCGGUGCACAACUGCUAGAGUAGAGUGCCCGGGAUAUAUUCAAACCCGCAAGUUUAUUGAUCAAGGAGCAACGGUAAGGCGCCGCUAUGCUCCAUAUCAAGAGUCUCAUCCCAAACCAAGCUCUGGGUCUCAUUCUCACAGGGCCCCCGCAGAGCCUACGGACUUGAUGCCUCAAAAUCAGUCACAAGCAACAAAUGAACAAAUCCAGUCAAACUAUCCACAUGAGCAUGAUGGACCUCCUCUUCAUCACCAAUUGGGAGAGACGAGCUUGGACUCGAACGAUGGCCCCAUGAACAUGGAGAUGACUGGUCCCUCUAACAGCCGAUCAGAAACUUUCCCAGGGGCCACCCAGCAAGAAGACAUCAAUGUUUCAAAAAAUCCCACUGUUUCUAUUCCUACCCCAAUUUUUGGGGGUGACCAAAAUACUGGAUCUGCAAAAACAAUCCAAAGCCCAAUUUCACCAAUGUCUGGCACGAGGGGCUUAUCGUCUUUUGAGAUGGCUUACCUCGGACUAUCCAAUGAUGUGCCAGAUGCUCAAAGGGGGAUAACCUCUCAACCCUCAUCCCAUCGGAGUGAAAAAGAGGAGUUUCAGGAUAUAUUCUCCGAACUAAUGACAGGUACUGAACAUGAGAUCGCCUUCCUCACACGUCAUUAUUCUGAGGUGUUGGGUCCCUGGCUGGACCUGACAGAUGCUCAAAAGUGGUUCACAGUCUAUGUUCCCAUACGUGCCAUCAACAAUCUAUCCGUGAAGUACGCUAUUUCUGCACUAUCCGCCAAGCAUCUAGCUCGUGUCAAGGGUAUCAAAUCUCCCACCGGGGGGAUGUAUACAAGUCCUGCCACAACCGAAGUCUAUCCUAAUGACACCCAGGUUGAUUGGUAUUUAAAAGCUGCCAAUUACUACUAUCUUGCAGCAUCUGAUCUGAAUAAUAUCACUUCGGACGGCUACACUGCUGUCUCUAGCUCUGCUGUCUUGGAAUCACCGUGCGAGACCGUUGGUCGUUGGUUGAACUCUCGUCAGACUCGGGAAAAUUUGAAACCAGCCAGUGAUGAUGCAAAUGACUUGAUGCUUGUUCGAAAAACAGAAGAACUCUUGGCUACUUCUAUGAUUUUGACCAUGUACCGUCUUCUAGAUGCGAAUGGGGAUGAUUGGCAUAAACAAUUGUUUGGAAUUCGCCCUAUGUUCCAGUCUCUUCUCGAUAAUCAUUUACCAACAUCUACUUCGUUCUCCCACGGAAUCCGGGCUGCAUUCUGGAACUUCGCUCGCCAGGACUACCUCGGUUCGUACUUUACCCGAUCACCUACACACUUCAACCCCGAGGACCAUUCCCUCUGGUGCACGGCCGGUAUAUCAAUUAAUGAGAAGAACGAACUCAAUGUCAUCCCGAACGGAUCAAGCUCCUUCACACAAGAAGACCAGGCAGCAAACGGCCUGAUCUGGCUCGUGUCAAAGGUAAUCAACUUCCUCGCCAAAUCGAAGGAAUCUCAAAUCGCGCAGUGGACAGGCUCCCCACCCGGAACCUCACCUGGAGCUCAAGGCACAUCGAACGGCAGCCAAUCACCGUAUCCCGACACAAGCACCUGGCUCAAGCUCUCUUUCGAAUUCCAAACGUGGUUUGAUGGUGUCCCUGAGACAUUCCGUCCCUCUGUGAGAAUCGAGCAUCCGAAAGAUCUAUCAAGACCUGAAGGGCCCCAGCUUCCUUUCCCGGAGAUUUUCCAUGGCUUGACUACUUGUGCUGCCACUAUACAGCAUUAUCACUUCGGGCGGAUCGCGUUGCUUCUCAAUCGACCAGCUGAUAUAUUGAGUGCACCGUCUACGGCCUUUGAUCGAUUGCAGGGGUAUAGAGAGGUCACAAAGGAAGUGGAGUUCCGCUCUCGUGAAGUUUGUGGUCUUGCCUUGGGCCGCCCACAAGGUUGCGUGCGGAUAUUUAUGAUACCGCUUCUCUAUGCUGUUGGACAGUGUCUAGAAAGUCCUGAAGAACAUCAGAUUAUAAUUGAUUUAUUACGAGGCGUGGAGGCUGAUCUGGGUUGGGCUACUGAGUAUGCUGUUCAGAAACUCCAGGCCUCUUGGAAUCAAUGA